AUGUUUAGCAGUGAGAGUAUGUAAGAGCAUAUUUUGUAUGACAAAAUCUAUUAAUACCUGUGGGUGAAAUCGGAAACUGCUAAUCCUCCUGCCAUUCUCAUUCCUGACACUGUCAUUCUUAUUCGUUCUAUGCCCAUCUAUUGGUAUUAUACAGAUAAAGAAACUGGGGAAAUCAAAAAGAAGAUGAGGAAGAAUGUUACCAAACAAAAUAUCAAGCAAACUUGGAAUUAGCAAGUGGGCAGAGGCGGUGUUGUAGCAUAUCUUUUACAUUUUAUUGAUAACUUAGAUCUCAAUUACCCUCCAGAAAAGUUUCAAAUCAGUGGCCAAAUCCAAGUGAUAUACUUUGAUGUUGAAGGAUUCAAUAAAUUUAUGGAUGGGCACUUCGAAUUACCUUUUGGCAUUCUCUAACAAUUCAUUGAACCAGCAGACGAUCGCAAUUGUAAAUAAGCAAUCCAUUAUUUCAUAGCCCAAAUCCAAGCCUUCUGGAGUAAAUCAGUCACUCUCUUCACCAAAAGAGUGUGCAAGAAAUCAUUCACCAACAAGUCCAUGAACAUCUAUGAAAGACAUUGCACUUUUGAAGGACCUGAAUAUUUCAGCGAAGCAACUUAAGUCAAAGAUUUCUAAUCCCAGAGAAUCUCUGAACAAAUAGAUAAAAUGAUCUCCCAUCUAGAUGCCAUCUCCUAUGGAAAAUUGAAUAUCUCACAAGGCACUUUCUAUUUCAAAGUAGACAAGAAAGCCAGAUGUUGGUUCCUUUUUUGUGGCAAUCUCAAAUUUGAAGAUGACAAACAUCUCAAAAAUCUACCUAAAGAUCUCUACACCCAAUCUCAAAUCAAAAUUCCAAAAUCAAUCGAUAAUCUGAUGUCUGUCUAUAAUUCCAGACCUCUAUAAUUGAAUAGAGAACACAAGUGCAUUCGAUGUGGCUAAUUGGAAAAGGGAUCCAACUUUAUCGAAGUUCCGUAUCACUUCCUAAUUGAUUUACCUGAAAAUCCACUUCCUGUUGAAAAGUGGCCUCUUGAAAUCAAGAAAUCAGCCAAGCAAGUCAAACUUAGCGGAGCCAACCAAGAGAAGGUUGCCUAUGUCAAUACCAUUUCUUAAAUCCCAAUGACUUUCUAGAAAUUACACGAACAAAUAAACAUUCAAAACUACCAAGAGUUCAAGUAGUCUCAAGGAUUUAAGUACAAAACCAUCGCUGUUUGUUUAGAUUGUUACUUCGUUAUGGUUGAAAAUCAAGAGAAAAUGGCUAUGCAAGAAGUUACCUCCAAGGAGAAGACUAGUAUUCCGAGAGUGAGAUCUAAGCAAUUUCAAAGGAAAGAAUAAAAUCUUAACCAAUUCUUGAACUCAACUCAAUUAUUCAAAUAGGUUAAGUCUGUGAAGAUCUUCAAAAUGAAAGAAGCACCUACACAGACACCAACUCCAAAGCAAAAUACAAUUUAAAAGUAUGUGAAUCUCAGAUUGAAUAAUUGUAAAUCAAUAACCCCGAUAAAAUAUUCAAUCGAGAUGCCUUCAACAGCUGACUAUUUGUCUAGGAAGACCAAAUCUACCUACUAGGAUUUGAGUACAACCUACAAAUUCAAGAAUAGCAGAGAAAAUUACAACUAAUCAUUGCAAGAUAGAUAAUAAAAUAGAUUGAUAGAAAUAAAGGAUGAAUAAGAAUGA